CCCAUAUAAUAUUAGAAGUAGCACGCUUUCUGUUGUUACACAAAUCAAGUGUGCACAAGCUUUUCAGCACUGUUCCCAUUAUACUUAUCGAUAGACAUCAAAUUAAAAAUGAAGUUCGCAAUUUUCAAAUGUAUCCUCGUGCUAGCAGUCUUUGUUGAGAUGAAUAAAGGAAACGUACUAUCAAAUAAUAACACACAGUCCGCAAUACUACGACAAGAAAGACAGCGGAAUAUUCUUGACCAGCUCCUCAACUCCAUUCAAGGAAUUCUUGGACAACCGAAGGAAAGUCCAAUAAAAACAACGACAGAACUGAUCGUAUUGGGCGAAGAGGAGAAAACUGCCACACACGCCUCAGCACAAAUUUCGGUACCAAUUCCGGCUCGAUCCAAGCCUGGAACAACUAAUAAUGGAGGAUUCGUUAAUCAGGUUGUUGCGACCGCUUCGGGAAUAAGUUCAGGACUUUUUGGCUCCCUGGGCAUCAACAUUGGCCCUCACUCUGUACCCUUUCUCAAUUAUCAGACCAGCCCACGCCCAAGUGGCUCUGGUAAGCGUCCCGUCCCACCCACCGUCCGGUUGGAGGGGUUGAUUACUGGUGAAAAUAAUAAGACACAAAUUUCGUCCACGACUCCAUCCGAGUCCCAACGCAUUUUUACAUCCUUAAAUUUUCCGUCAUCAGUUCCAAUUCUGGACAUUGUGAAAGGAGUCUUUGCUCAAGCCUCGGCCUGCAAUGAUAUUAGGAAGCUGCUGGGUCAAUGCCAGUAGAAAUACAAGGCAGGUAAAGGCGUCACAAAUUUGUAUUAACGUUCAGCUGAAAUUUAAUAAAAAUAUUUUACAUAGAAAU